AUCAGGAAGCAAUCAGAUUAUCCCGCAUCAUCUGGUGGCUUGGGCGAUAUCUGGAGGUGCUCGAUGACCAUCGAUCCAGCAACCUCCACUGAGGUUGCUGUCAAAACUAUCAGGAUAACGGACAUACUCAAUAAAGAAGCCGUUCAAAAAGCGAAGAAGAGACUUCGCCACGAAGUAGCCGUGUGGCUCAAACUGAGGCAUGCGCAUGUUCUCAUUCUUCACGGCACGGUCUCUGAUUUUGGACCAUUGCCUGCCCUUGUUUCUACAUGGAUGCACAAUGGAGCACUUGAUGGUUACGUGAAGCGCACGAGCCUCACCAUGGAACAGAAACUAAAGCUGUUGAAACAGGUAGUAGAUGGCUUAGGAUAUCUUCAUGAACAUGAAGUAAUUCACGGGGACCUGACCAGUACGAAUGUUGUGAUCGACCGCGAUGGUAAUGCAUUUUUGGCAGAUUUUGGUCUGUCGUUGGCUCUCGCAGAGGGUGACAGAUCGUACUACCAGUCGUAUUCGAAAGGCGCUGUCCGGUGGUCGGCGCCCGAAUUGAUCAUUCCACUGGAAUCAGAAAGCAUUCCGGAUGGCAGUAACAGCGAUGCUGACUUACCAAAACCGAACAGUCAGAGUGAUGUAUUUUCACUCGGUUGCAUCAUGCUACAUGUCUUCUCGGGUAGACUUCCCUUCUGGUGGCUUGGAGAUGUUCAACUGGUAUUCAGAGCUCAGUUCGACCGCAUAGAGCCAUAUCGGGUCGAACCCAGUGUGAUCGUCAACCCCCGGCAUUUGGAUUUCAUGCGGAAAUGUUGGUCAGCCAAGCCCGAGGAUCGUCCUUCCACUGGGGAUGCUGCGUCC